GUCCAGAGAAUUCAUACUGAAGUUAAGGUCCUGCUUCAUUAUUGUUACCGGGCGAAUUUAGGCUGCCAUGGGUCCAUUCAUGGGGCAAGUCCAGGGGUACUUCAAGGGGUGCACGAUGCUGACUGUGGGACUGACCUGUCUGGUUUUGAUCACCCUUACCUGAAUAGAACAGACUAUUGGUGGGUAUUGAUUGUCUAUUUCAAGAUGUCCAAGCCCAACAGAAACAUCUAUCGGCCCCCUGGACCUCGCCCUAUCUGUAAAUUAGCCUCCAAGUCCAUGGACUCUUCCUCCUUCUUGGACUCUCUCUCUCAGAAGCUUACCAACUUGACCCGUCUUCUGUACUGGCCUCCCAUCCCAGGAGGUGGAGGGGACAUUUUGGCCUCUACCAGCCCCCAGACCUCUACCUACCACCUCAGGAGUCCUGCUCAGGCCAGCUAUGCCCUGGGAAGCUCCCUGGAGGCCAUCCUUGUGGCCAGGGACCACUGGGGCAGGCCCAAGACCCACGGUGGGGAUCUGUUUCGGGCACAGCUGCUGGGUCCAGAUCUGAAGGCAGGGGUCCCUGGGGAUGUCUGGGACCUGGAAAAUGGCACGUACCUCUUAUCUUUCCCCCUUUUCUGGGCUGGGCAGGCCCAGGUGCAAGUGCGGCUGAUUCACUCCAGCGAGGCAGUUGGGGUUCUGCAGAGAAUCUGGAGAGAGAAAAGCGCCACAGUCGAUUUUAGGGGCUAUUUCCGGGGACCAAAAGGGACUGAAGAGACUGUGAUUUGCAAUGUCGACCCCCAGUCAACUGGUACAAAAGGGCCUACCUGCCAGUACAGGGAUAUGGUUUCUGGUGAACUCUGGUUCUGUGCUAAACCUCCUACCCUGCCCUGCAACUUUCUAGUUGGUCAUUCAAGUGGGAAUUAUCUGAAGGUGACCACUCCACAUGAUGAGUCCCUGCUGGCAUGGAAUGUGACUGACAAGCUGCUCCCUCAGGGAAUUUCUCCAAUUCAGAUCAGGACAGCAGCCACAGGGAACAUCAGUCUGGCCCUGUCCCCGCGGCUCCCAUGCCGCCCUGGGCUCCUGGUUCCAAAGCCCUCUGGCUUCUACCACCAAGAUGUGUGGCACUCGCUGGCCUGCUCCAGCCGCUCCUUCUCCACUGUCGACAGCAUCCUGGCCCAUGGCUGGCCCCUGCGCUCCCUCCGCACACCAGUGGCCUCCCUGCAUUCUGUGGCCCGGGAGCUGGAGGGCCUGGCCGGGGGUCCCCACACUGUGGUGGUGCUGGGUCUGGGAGCCCACUUCACCACUUUCCCCCCAUCCAUCUUUGUGCGACGGCUGGCAGGGAUCCGGGCG